AUCACUCUUCCAGCCCAAACCCUACGAGUGCUGCCUAUAAAUAUAUUCGUCACGUGCCUUAUCUAAGGGCACUUCGCAACCAAAAGGUGCACAGAAAAAUUUUCUUAUCGGACUCACGUGACGAAUAUAUCCAUCGGCCGCACUCGUACACAGCUCGCUACAGAGCCUGGGAGCCCAAGAACAUCGGGAUUUUCACGAACCAUAGCGCCGAGUUUCGUAUCCCCCUAGUGGGAUGUAAUUCUAGGUUGUAAAGGCCGAGAAUUUUCAAAAUGCAGAGUAGAUGAAUUAUACUCAGCGGUUUUUAAAGUUUCCCGAACGAGAGUUACAGGCCAGAUGCCAAAGUUACUGUAAGUUACUACAGAUUCUGUCGGGCUGUAUGUACCACCAAUUUCGUGGUAAGUGAAUAACUUAUGACACUCAUUUCCCGUACUUGGACCCUAACCCAGAUACGGGCGCGGUUCUUACGGGGGGCGACAAACACAAACACCCCACAGAUUGAUAGAACUGUUGGGGAGGAGGCUUUUAGGAUGGUUUAUACCUGAGCAUCCUAAGUUGGACCCAGGGCCGUAACCAGCAACCCGACAGCAGAGGUGGGGGCUAAUGGUAAGUAUAUAUUUCUCCUGCCUGACCACUCCCCUCUCCUUCCCCCCUCCUUAGUCUCUAUCUCAACUCCAUCCUCUUACACGCUUCUCACUAUCCUUCGCAAGUAGAGCGUACAUUUGCUUGCAGCCCCCACCACAAUCGACUAUAGUCACGAGCCCUCCUGUGGGAGAACAAGAAGACAAAAAGGUAGUUCAACGAUUCCUCUCCUCUAUUAGAAAUUCACACUAAACAUACUGCCUAGAACCACACGACCGGCACGGAAAAAUGGUAAACCUCCCCUCGCGCGACGACUCUACACGGAAAAUAGAAGACAAAAUUCGUGAACUACGGAAUGGCGCUUCAAGGCAGGCGGGGGAUAGAGAGGCGUUGGAUGUGAAGGUCGGGAGUGGGAGAAACGCCACCGGCAGGAAUUACAGUACGACGGCCGGGCGCUAUGAUGGACUCAAAGGUCCUAAGAACUCCAAAGCGGUGGAGGAACUAGAGGGCAGGAGAAGAAAGGCGAUGAGUACCACGAGGGAUAGGAGUUGAAGGGGGUGGAAGCCGGUUUCGGGCUGGGCAGUCUGGAUAGCUUAUUGAGAGUAGUUUUAGAUAAAGUGGUUGGGCAGGUUAAAAUGUUUGAGUGUAGCCUAAGGGAGUAAUAUAAAAUCAAGUCAUCGGGA